AACAAUGGCCUCAUGCAUGUGUUUUAGCCAACCAUAAACGGUUAUCUGGUGGGUUGUUCUGAUCGGCAUAGGCUCAUAUUAUUUGAUGUGAACUAUCAAGGUAUCAAACGAUCAGAUAAGAUAAUGCAUGCUGUGUCAGUCAUAUGUCAUGCACCUGUUUCCUUUCUUCUAUUGAAUGAUGUGGUCAGAUAUACAAAGUUAAUGACCCAGACACAAGGACGCGCAUGGCUCUGCUGAUCACCAAUGUGCGCUUUGCCAAAAAAGAGAUGUAUCGGCAUGGUGCUGAGAAAGACGAGGAGGAUAUGAGCAAACUGCUGAUCUCACUGGGAUACAACGUGGAGAAACACAGAGACCUCAGAGGAGCGGAGAUGGACAAGGCCGUCAAAAGGUUUUCUAAAGACCCCCUUCUGGCCGCGACAGACUCUGUCUUUGUGGUCAUCAUGUCCCAUGGGGUGAAGGGAGCCAUUUCAGGCGUCCAUCACUGCGAAGGAGUCCCCGACCAGUUCCCCAUUGACAAUAUCUUCAAACACUUGGAUUCGGCUCAUUGUCCACUACUAGAAGGCAAACCCAAAGUCAUCAUCAUCCAAGCCUGCAGAGGAGAUAAAGAUGGCUCUGCGAUAGUCACGGAUGGGCCUGGGUCUGUCCCAGAGCAGGCCCCGGUAGUGCAGGUGGAUGCGGCCCUCCCACCUCACCUGGCAGAAGAAGUGGAUGCAGACAUCGAGGAGGAUGCUAUUCACAGGGUGCACAUAGAAAAAGACUUUGUUUCACUUCUGUCCUGCACCGCCGACACGUUGUCGUAUAGAGAUCGACAGCAAGGUUCUUAUUUCAUCCAACACCUUGUGGAGAUCUUCAACCUCCACUCACGCAAGGACCACAUCGAAAAUCUCUUCAAAAGGGCAAGUCACCCAGAUCGUUCUCGUUAGGCUGGUGUGCGGAGUGAGUGUCCUUCUCUCAUGCGGACGUCUGGAUGUUUGAUGGACAGCCUCACAUUCCCGUCCAUCCAGAUAGAGCUGACCACGACCAACAGCAUGUGGUUGUUUCAUCCUAGCGUGUGCUCUCCAUCCCACAGGUCCUGAAGCGUUUUGAAGAUGAGCCUCCUUCAGCAAGUAAAAGACAGAUGCCUGUCAAAGACCGAUGCACCUUAACCAAAGAUUUUUAUCUCUUCCCCAGACUUUAGAAUCAGGCUCCACGAUGACCGAUGGGAAAUGGUUUGAACACUUUACACUCGUAAAGUGGUUUCAGGAAAGCGAACUAAUUAUAAUCUUGAUAAUCUUGAAAUAUAGUGGAGUAUAAUG